AUGGCAACGGCUACGCGGAAUGACCCCACAUCUGAACACACCGACGCUCACGGUCGAACAGAUGUGUUGAAUAUCACGAUCGUGGGGGCCGGUCUGGCCGGCCUGGCCGCCGCCAUCUCCUGUUCUCUUGCAGGACACACCGUCGCCGUCUUUGAGGCGGCCAAAGAACUCGCCGAGAUUGGUGCAGGACUGCAAAUCACGCCCAACGCCUCAAAGUUGUUUGGAGAAUGGGGUUUGGAAGAUUCCGUCAGAGCCGUCGCUGCGGUGCCGACAGUUCUAGCUGUGCAUAGGUACAGGGAUGGCAAGGUUCUGGCGGAGCAAAGAGAUUUCGACAAGAUCCUUCAGCAACGAUACGGCCUCCCUUUCUUUGACAUCCACCGAGUUGAUUUGCAGAAGAUCCUGUAUGACAAGGCCGUGUCGCUGGGGGUGAAGGUGCAUCUCGACUGUCGAGUGUUGUCGGUUGAGUGCACGGCAUCAGGCCCAAAGGUGACCUUCAGAUCUGGCCAAGAAGUCCACAGUGACCUGGUUGUCGGAGCCGACGGCUUAUGGUCUAAAUGUAGAGAAAGCAUGUUGAAGACUGCGGACCAACCACUACCGACGGGUGAUUUGGCUUAUAGGAUCGUCCUCCACCUCGACAAGAUCAAAGACCCCGAAUUGAAGGAAUGGAUUGCCAACCCACAGGUCCAUUUUUGGAUCGGCCCUCACUCCCACGCCGUGGCAUACUCGAUCAGAAGCGGCACCAUGUACAAUGUAGUUCUGCUGUGCCCGGAUGACCUCCCUCAGGGCCUCUCACGAGCGACGGGCUCGGUGGACGAGAUGCGGGCUCUGUUCUCUCGCUGGGAUCCCAUCCUCCUCCGUUUCCUAGAGCAGGUCGAACAGGUCGACAAGUGGAAACUGAUGCAUCGGCAGGAGUUGGAGUCGUGGACCAACAAGGACAAGAAUUUCGUCUUGCUGGGCGAUUCCUGCCACCCGAUGCUGCCCUAUCUCGCGCAGGGAGCCAACUCGUCGAUCGAAGACGGCGGUGUCCUCGGAAGACUGCUAUCGUAUGUGAAGACUAGGGAGCAGUUGCUGUGGGCGAUCACCCUGUACGAACGUCUUCGCAAGCCGCGCAGCGAGAAGAUCGCCCGCGAGACAUUUCUUCAGAGAGAGGCGUUCCAUAUGCCCGACGGUCCUGAACAGCGAGAACGCGACAAGGUAUUCGAGUCGCAACUAGGCAAGGAAAUAUCUGGCAAGUUCCCUAGUCGAUGGACGUGUCCAGAGGCCCAGCCCUGGCUCUACGGCUACGAUGCAUACAGAGAAGCCGAUGAGGCAGUCAAGUCAGCGCCAUAUGAGCCAUCGUUGACGAGCAUCACGAGCUCUACGCCAAUAGACCCGUGA